UGAAGACCCCAGCAGUACAGACAGAGAUUAGCGAGAUUACCCGUUAACUACCAGUCUUACAUUUGUCAAAUUUAGCAAAACUAAGAUGGAAAAUAGAUUUUUUUUUUUAAAUCUACGAAGAUGGCGCAUGAGGUGAACCAGCACUCCCGCCCUCAGAAAGGUAUCCUAAAAACUCCUGCUGCUCCAGUCACCGCAAAGCCAGCUAAGGCUGGAACAGACAAAAAGACCAAGAAGAUGAAACUGUGCAAUCGUCUCUUCAGUCGGUUUAAGAAAGUAGGUGUACCCAAGGAGGAAACAGCCAAGAAGAUGUCCUUUUGUUGUUGGCUGUUAAAGUGUUGGAAGAGAAAACAUCGGGUCGCACCACAACAAGAGGAGAAGAAGAACUCUCCGAAACCUCAAAGGGGAAACAACCCUGUAGAAGUGAACGUGUCAGAUCGUACAGAAGUCAAGCCGUUCGUCCCACCGCAGGAUGAUGACCCUUUGCCUGAUGCCUCGUUCCCGGCAUGUUUACCCGACACCACUGCCCCGAAGGCGCUAAAGCUGGGGGAGCAAUCCAUAUGCACCAAACGUAGUUUUGUCGGAGGCCUUAACGGGGGUUCAAACGCCAUCUGCUACGGGUUGCCAAACAUUGGCCAGAACUGCUACAUGAUCUCCACCCUGCAGAGUCUACUGACACUGGAGGACUUCAUGGGUGACAUCAGCCGCAUGGAGAACAUCUGGAGUUCAGCCCCCAAGGCUCAAAUGAUAAAGAGAUUGAUGGAGAUCAGGAACGCUCGCACCUCCACAAACGGUCAAAUUAAAAUCGCCGCACUGGAUUCCUUUAAGGCGGCGGUGUCUGCCUGCGCUCCUGAGUUCGGGAACAACCAGCAAAAAGACGCUCAUGAGUUCCUGACUACGGUCCUGGACCAGGUGAGGAGUCUGGCCCCUCUGCUGAAGAGAAAAGCAGCUGUCCUGGUCAGGACUUACACCUGCCCCGUCGAGCACCACAUGAUGUUCAAAAUGGAGAACAUCCGGAUGUGCAAGAGCUGUAGAUCCCAAUCAAAAAUGCUGGAGGAGUUCACCUCUCUGUCUCUGGACCUGGUUCCUGGAGGAUGUGUGGAAGAGAUGCUGCAGAAGAGCCUGGAGACGGAGUUGGAGUUCAAGUGCAAGUGCGGGGGGAAAACGUCGGUGCUAAAAUCGUCAUUCGCCACUCUGCCAAAAGUGCUCAUCUUGCAUCUGAAGCGUUUUCGCUUCAGUCCCUCGUAUCCAUACAGGCUUGAGAAGGCAGGUGAUCCCGUCAAGCUGCUGAGGGACCUGGUGGUCUCCUCCAAACAGGGUGGCGGCUGCUACAGUCUGGUCAACGUCAUCGACCAUUUUGGCACCUUGAAAGCAGGACACUACAUCUCUGAAAGCGUGCACCCUGAAGUUUGUCCAGAUGAGUUUGACGACCGCUGGCUCACCUUCAACGACUUGAAGGUGACUGAAACGACGGGCUGGUCCGUUUGUGAGAGGAGGCAGGAGGAUGCAUACAUCCUGUUCUACAAAAGACACUAGUGGAACUAAAGACCUGGGCGGGGGGGACCUGAGCCACAUGAAGAAUCAUCGUCAUCCCCACAAUGGAGCACAGAUAAGUCACAGUAAGAGGAAAGGUAAGUCUUGUCUUCUUUUCUUGUGGUCUUGAGUUGCACGUGGAACUGGAUGACAGAUGACCGUGGCCAGUAACAUCUGAAGGUCACGCCCUCGACCCCCUGGCCGCCCUGCCCAUAGGAGGAUGGGUUCCCCAGAAAGCCUGGUUCCUCUCAAGGUUUCUUCCUCAGAAGGAGUUUUUCCUUGCCACCGUCGCCUAAUUACUGUAGAGCAGGACCAGUCUGACCCCUCCGCUGUAGAGAUGGUCCUGUAUUGUACCAGUUUGGCUCGCUCUCUGGGGAGAACUGAUUGAUAAAAUGUGACAUAAAUAGA